AUGAUUGAAAACUAUACGUCACCUCCGAAGUCUCGUGGCAGAGUCUGCUCUGUAACGUUUUGCGCCUCACUAAUAGGACACCAAAGAAGAAGAAACUGCCACUUCCUGAAAACUGAUAAGAAGGCACAGACAGGUUUCUGUCCUGAGACCAUCCCUGGAAAAGAAGAAGUGGUGGCUGUAUGUGCUCGUCAUGUUAGUAGUUGGCUGAGCCUUUCUAUGAUGGACGACAGUGAAUUGGAGCCGAUCCCUACGCCUUCGGGCGGCUCUUCUAUCGGGGAGGCAGCGUCGGGUAGAGGAGGAGGAGGAGGACAGAGUGCAUCUAAUGAAGAAGAUGAAGAUGAAGAUCUCUUCUACAUCCCUGAGAGAAGACCUUCUCUGGACCUGGGGCCCAGUCCAAUGGACACCAGCCACUGGCAUUAUGUGGACCAGGCCUUUUCUCCAGCUCUGAGCUACGGAUCAAUGACAAGUGAGAGCUCAAUCAACAUGGAUGCUGAAGAUGGAGCCUCCACAAGUGUCCAGCUGAAGAGAACAGAUUCAUACUCCAGCUGCUACUCCUUGGACAGUGAUGACUGUGAAAAGAUAAUCCCCAAGGUUAAAAGCAAAGACGAAGACGUCCCAGAGACUUCUGACGUACCGGAGUUGUCCCAAAACCCGAGUGAGCCUCGGCAUCCUGCUCUGACAGUGGGCUUCACUUUCAAAGCUAUUUGCGAAACUCUUGGGAAGCUGUCCGAGAUGGAAAUGAAGGCAAUCAAGAGUAUCCUGUGGCACAGUUACCCACAGUCAUUCAACACUCCUCCCCAGAGCAUGGACCUGGUGGACCUGGUGGACCGGCUGAUCGAGUGUUACGACCUGGAGGUGUCUUUGCAGAUGACUACAACACUUCUUGAGCAACUUGAGAAAAAGAAGCUAAUUGCUCAUCUCCAGACUCUGUGCAUCAGAAAUGAAGUGCGUUACAAUUUAUGCCAGACUCUGAAGAAGAAAUACGGCGAAGUAGGUGAGGAGUCGGACAUGCGGGGAGAGAAGAGGCCCUUCGACGAAGUCUACACCGACCUCAACAUAACCUCAUUAGCUAAUAACGGCCCAAAUAUUCAACAUGAAGUCAUGACAAUACCGAAGCUCGACACUAAUGGGAAAAAGGGGAAACGGCUUACUACAAGGGAUAUUUUGAGCGCUGAAAGGCUGGAGAAGUCAGACGUAAAGUUUGUGCUGGUCACGGGACAGCCGGGGUCCGGGAAGUCUAUGGCAGCCAGGAGGAUAAUCCUGGAUUGGUCUGAAGGGCGCGCCCACCAAUACGUGAACUUCUUGUUUCCUUUGCCGUUAAGAGAACUGAAGCAGUUUGAGAAUUUAGAGGUUUCCCUGAUGGAUAUAAUACAAACACUCUACCCAGAAACGAAGCAACUAAGGGAAGAGGAUUAUAAAUGUGACGAGUGCAAAAUAAUGUUUCUCUUCGACGGUCUGGAUGAGUUCAGGGGAAGUCUCGACUUUCAAAACACUAUGCUCCUCCGCGACGAGAGCGAACAAACCAACCUGGACGUGAUCGUGGUCAACCUGCUCAGAGGGAGGCUGCUCUACCGCGGCUACUUCCUCGUCUUUUCUCGGCCGCUGGCAGAGCACAACAUCCCUUACGACACGCCCUAUGACGAGAUAGAACUGCUUGGCUUUGACGACGCUGGAAAGGACGAGUACCUCAAGAAGAGGUUCAGGGAUCCAGAUCAAGCAGCUCGAGUUAUUGCAUAUAUCAACUCGUCAAAAACCCUCCGCAUCAUGUGUCACCUGCCCUUGUUUAUCUCCAUGGUGGCUGAUGAGUACCAGCACAUAUUCAGAGCACAGGGGCCACAGACCGAUCUGCCCAGCAACAUCACCUACAUGUACACCAAGCUGCUUCUUGCACUCAUGGGUCACCAUCGCAAUUACAGAGCUCCACCUCGCAGUGCAGAGGAAGAGAGAGACUUCCUCAUGAAACUUGGAAAGGCGGCCUUAGACAUGCUGGAAAAAGACAAGUACAGCUUAAGCAAGUGCGACUGGAAAGUUUUUGGACUGGAGGCAGAAGAGGAGGUGGAUAAAACUGGCCUGUGCAUACUAUACAUCACAAGGCCAUUCGUCCUAUAUCAAGAGAAAAACAUCGCUUUUAUCCACCCCACCAUGCAGGAGUACCUGGCUGCCCUCUAUGUGUUUCUCUCCUAUAGAAACCACGGGAAGAUCAUCUUUGACCAGCACCAGAAAGGCAAGUUCAGGAUCUUCAGAUCGAACAAGAUCAUCGAUAUGUUUAAGGGCGCCACAGACAAAAGUCUGCAGUGUGAAAAUGGCAAACUGGACAUUUUCCUGCGUUUCCUGUUUGGAAUGGGUCUAAAGAGCAACAUGGAACUUCUCCAACGGCUGUUCACGACUCCAGUCGUGUGGUCAUCCUUCGCUGAAGAUGCUGCCGCCCUCAUCAGAAAGAGGAUCAAAGACACUCAGCAUCCGGGCAGGAAAAGCAACUUGCAGCGCUGCCUGGAAGAGCUGGAGGCUGAGCAAGCCUCAGACGCAUCAUCCAGCUGCUCAGAUUCUUUGAAACACUGAUCACUGGACAAUCACGAUGCUAAAUAACUGUCGAGGCUUGCACUGAAUUCAAGGAGGAGGAAAACAUCACGUCUGAUGUGCCAAAGAAUCUUUCAAGGAAAUGCAGAUUUGUGUGAUUUAAUGUGUUGUCAUAUAGAUUAAAAGAAGCUAGAGGUGAGGGGCCUUAAUUUGUCUGUUAGUUUGCCUGUUUUUUUAAUCAAAUAUAUGUAUUUUUAAAUGCUUUUAUAGAUUUUUAUUUAUAAAAACAUAUCUCCCACCGCCAAUACUUUCCAAAAAAAUUGCAAAAAAUUUUGUUUUGCUUUUUUUAAAGGGACAUUUGUCUUGUGAAUAUCACAGUCAUACAUUGGUAAUGAAGCAUUGUUAUUUUUAUGAUUGCCUGAAGCUUUCAACAUAUUCAUUUUGGAUGACAAUUAGUACGGUUAUAUUCCGGUUUUUAUUUGACAUCAGCAUAGAUAGCAAGUCUUCAAUCUAAAAUUUCAAAGAGGGAGCUUUAUCUGAUUUCCAUCAAAGAAUGAAUAAAGUCUUUACUUUAUGAAACAAAUUCACAUAUUAAAAGGCUUCAAAAACUUGUUUCCAGAGACUGUUAAAGGAUUGACCAAUAUUUUGAUAAUUUUACAAAGCCAAUAUCCAACAUACAGCAGCUUGAUACCCUGAAUCAAGGUGCAAGUUAAAAAAAAAAGUUGUGUCGUGGUCAAUGCCAGAUAGUAUUUCACAUUCUUGGACAAUGAAAUCACAACUUAAAUAUUUUGCACUAUUUUUUUUGGAUCAAUUAUUAUUGUUGGCUGGCUGCUUUCAUUAAUGUUCUGCUUUUUAAUGCACUCAUCAUAUUGAAGAGCUGUAGUUUGUAAUUAUUUUUCCUUCACAUCUUAAAAGCAUCUGUACUCUAAUCAGUCAACACAUCAAAGUAUUGAUCUCUGUGUGUGUUAUACAGGCUAUGAAAGAACUGACAGUGAUACCUAUUAUUUGUUUGAAAUAAGUGAUACAACUAACAAUAAAUCCCUCUUCCAUCGCAGCACA